GACAUUAAUAUAUAGAAACUCGACAUUCGCCAUCCCUAACAAGAAGCUUGAUCAAUCUAGAACUCUCUUGUACCUAACAGAAGCAAGAUAGAAGAGUCAUGCAAGCAACUGUACCAGUUUCAUCAUCACUUCAUACAACAACUACAGCAGCAGACCCAACAGCGCUCUCCACACAGACCAACAACAUGGCUCUUGUCCCUGCCCCACCAUCAGAAACCCCACUUUUUGCAGAAGUAGACAUGUGUUCCGACUCUUCAGCAACUACUGUCCGUGCCACUGUUAUCCAAGCCUCCACUGUCUUCUAUGACACUCCUGCCACUCUAGAUAAGGCUGAGAGAUUUCUGGCUGAAGCAGCUGGAUAUGGGUCUCAAUUGGUUGUGUUUCCUGAAGCAUUUAUUGGUGGUUAUCCUAGAGGAUCAAGUUUUGGUGCUACCAUUGGUAGUCGUACAGCUAAAGGUAGAGAGGAUUUCAGAAAGUAUCAUGCUUCAGCCAUUGAUGUUCCUGGUCCAGAAGUUGACCGUUUGGCUGCAAUGGCUGGGAAGUAUAAGGUGUAUUUGGUGAUGGGUGUGAUUGAGAGGGAGGGAUAUACACUCUACUGUACUGUGUUGUUUUUUGAUUCUCAAGGUCAUUACAUGGGGAAGCAUAGGAAAGUUAUGCCGACGGCGGUGGAGCGUAUAGUAUGGGGUUUUGGAGAUGGAUCAACGAUUCCGGUUUUUGGGACUCCGAUUGGGAAAAUUGGUGCCGCUAUCUGUUGGGAAAAUAGAAUGCCACUCCUAAGGACUGCAAUGUAUGGUAAAGGUAUUGAAAUAUAUUGUGCACCAACAGCUGAUUCCAGGGAUACUUGGCAAGCAACGAUGACCCACAUUGCUCUUGAGGGAGGAUGUUUUGUACUAUCUGCCAACCAGUUUUGCCGGAGGAAGGAUUACCCACCUCCCCCAGAGUAUGUCUUUUUGGGCGUGGAAGAAGACCUCACACCCGAUUCUGUUGUCUGUGCUGGAGGCAGUGUCAUUAUAUCACCAUUGGGAACUGUUUUGGCUGGACCCAAUUAUGAUGGGGAGGCACUGAUUUCUGCAGAUCUAGAUCUUGGAGAAAUAGCUAGGGCAAAAUUUGACUUUGAUGUGGUUGGACAUUACUCAAGACCUGAAGUUCUCAGCUUGACUGUGAGGGACCAUCCAACAAAUGCAGUUAUGUUCACAUCAGCAUCCGAAAAAAGUGAAGCCUCUCGUAAAUAGCUAUGCUCUCACUUACAAGCUAAUACUGCUCAACACGAAAAACGGAGCAUCCUCUUCACUAAUAAAUGGAUAGGUGCUGGUUCUGACACCAUGAUCAUCACAAAGGUCGGGUGUAUGUUUCCUGUUGUACAUUCUUCUAUCCACAAAAGCCUCUCGUGGAAAAGUGUGUUACGUUCUUAUGGCUGUUAAAGUGCUGCAGCUUAGAGUCAUAGAUGGUCUAGAUAACUCUUCCUCCCAAGACUUCGAUUUGGACUAGUUUUUUCUGAGGUAUGUAUGCUGAAGCUAAGUUUGCAUAUGUAAAUUCCUUUUUGUUUGAUACCUGGGAGAACUUAUGGGGCUCCUCCAACUAUUUCAACCUUGAGUCUUCAUUCAUCAAUACAGGGGCCUAGCUUGAAAGAGUCAA